AUGUCCGAACAACGUCUUUUCAAGCCCUUGAAUAUAGGAAACAUGAAAAUCAACCAUCGCAUCGGAAUGGCACCCCUCACUCGCUUACGAGCAAGUAAAGAUCGAGUCCCAACACCCCUGAUGAAAGAAUACUACAGCCAACGCGCCGCGGUACCCGGUACUCUGAUCAUCACCGAGGGAACAUUCAUAUCAGAAACCUGCGGGGGAUUCCCGCAUGCCCCAGGACUCUGGCACGAAGAGCAAGUCACUGCCUGGAAACCCAUCACCGACGAAGUCCAUCGCAAAGGAUGUUUCAUAUUCUGCCAGCUAUUCGCAAUGGGCCGCGCUGCAGAUGUCGAGGUAGCCCGGCAAGAAGGGGUUGAUAUUGUCGCACCUAGCGCGACUCCAAUUGAGGAGGGCGACCCAGUACCUAGAGCCAUGACCCUGGACGAGAUCAAACAGACAGUCCGGGAUUUUGUCGAUGCUUCGAAAAAUGCCAUUCGGGCGGGCUUUGAUGGGGUCGAGAUCCAUGGUGCUAACGGCUAUCUCCUUGAUCAAUUCAUUCAAGAUGUCAGCAAUGAUCGAACUGAUGAAUAUGGCGGCAGUGUGGAGAAUCGAAGCCGUUUGGUACAGGAAGUGAUCGAGUCUGUCGUUGAUGCCAUCGGUCCCAAGCGCGUUGGACUUCGUCUGAGUCCUUGGAGUACAUUCCAGGGUAUGAGAAUGGUCGAUCCGAUCCCGCAGUUCAGCAAUCUCAUCAAUAAGGCCAACCAGUUCGACUUGGCCUAUCUGCACCUUGUCGAGUCGCGGAUCUCCGGGGCUAAUGAGUCUGUUGGUCAUGAGGGUCUGGAUUUCGCGUAUGAUCUGUGGAACGGCCUUUUCCUUGUCGCUGGUGGCUAUACGCUACAAGAGGCUCACGAACUGGUCGAGAAAAAGAGCUCUAAGGACAUCAUCGUCAUAUUUGGACGUUAUUUUAUUUCGAACCCAGAUCUGGUAUAUAGAGCCAGGAAAGGUCUAGAGCUGAGCGCGUACAAUAGAGAGACUUUCUAUGUCUCUGGGUCGGCGGUUGGGUAUUCAGACUACCCAUUCAGUGCUGGGUAUCUGAGUGAAACAACGGUUUAA